AUGCAACUCCCACUACUGUUCUACACCAGCGUCUUGGCGCCUGCCAUUGGCCUUGCGGCUCCAGUCGCACAGAAUGAAGCCCUAUCAAAGAGAGAGAAUCUUUGCAGUCUGCCAGCACCCCCUGCUCUAUGCACGCCGGACCCCUCCGUGACGGUGGAAGAGACUGCAAAGAGAGCUUAUGCUUUCUACCGCUCAUUUGUCGUCGACGGAGAUCCCAGGACCAUGUUUUCCCUCAUCGAUUCGACCUACACGCAACACCACCCAGGCUACGCGAGUGGUCCUCAAAACAUCUGGCCCCUUUUCUGCAACGGCAACAAACUAGGCAACGAGGCCAGCACCGCCUGGUGCUUUGUUGCAGCUACCAACAUGUCAUACGCGCGAUACUCGACCACGGACAGAUGGCGUUGGGUCGAUGGCUGUGUCCAUGAACACUGGGACCAGGGCGAGAGGAUUCCGAGUGAGGGAUGCUAUAAGUUGCCAGCGAAUAGAUCUCAGUAA